CGCCCUGCCCGCCCGGCACCCAUGCCUGCUUGAACGGGUCGACGCGCUGCCUCGAGCCGCAGUACGUGUGCGACGGCGACCGCGACUGCGCCGACGGCUCCGACGAGGACUCCGCGCCCGGCGGGCCCUGCGCUAACGUGACGUGCGCGGCCGACCAGUUCAUGCGCUGCGACACCAACCGCUGCAUCCCCAACUCGUGGGUGUGCGACGGACAGAAGGACUGCAACGACGGCGCGGACGAGGCCGCGGCCGCGUGCUCGCGCGCCGCCUGCCGCCCGCAGCAGUUCCAGUGCGCCGCCAGCCGGCGCUGCAUCCCGCUGUGGUGGCGCUGCGACGGCGCGCCCGACUGCGGCCGCGGCGACACCAGCGACGAGCUGGCGUGCGCCGCGCGGCCCUGCAGCGCCGCCAUGUUCCCCUGCGACAACGGCGCCUGCCUGCCCUGGGACUACCACUGCGACGGCCACGCCGACUGCGCCGACGCCAGCGACGAGCGCGCCUGCGCCGCCGCCGCGCCGCCCGCGCCCGCGCCCGCCUGCGAGGACCACGAGUUCCAGUGCAACAACUCCGAGUGCAUCCGGCGCGAGUUCCGCUGCGACGCGCACGUGGACUGCCGGGACGGCUCGGACGAGGCGGGCUGCGCGGCGCCGGGGCCCGCCUGCGCCGCGCCCGCGCUGCGCUGCGACAACGCGACGCGCUGCGUGCCGCUGCACCAGCUGUGCGACGGCGCGCCCGACUGCGCUGACGGCGCCGACGAAGCCGACCGCUGCGGCGAGCCCAUGUGCGCGGUGUCGGCGUGCUCGCACGCGUGCCACGCGGCGCCGGGCGGGCCCGUGUGCGCGUGCCCGGCGGGGCUGGCGCUGGGCGCGGACGGCGCCACGUGCGAGGCGCGGGCCGCGUGCGCGGCGUGGGGCGCGUGCGCGCACGUGUGCGUGCCCACGCGCGCCGGACACAAGUGCGCCUGCGACGCCGGCUACCGCCUGGCCGACGACGGCCGCAACUGCAAGAGCACGGACGGCACCACGCCGCUGCUGGUGUUCAGCAACCGCCACGAGGUGCGCGGCGUGGAGCUGCCGGCGCUGACGGCGCGCGCGCUCAUCUCCUCGCUGAAGAACACCAUCGCGCUGGACUGGCGCCGCGACCCCGCCUCGGGCCUGCUGCAGCUGUACUGGACGGACGUGGUGGACGACAACAUCUACCGCGGCACCAUCGUGGGCGGCGCGCUCAGCGGCAUCGAGCCCGUGGUGCGCCAGGGGCUGUCCACGGCCGAGGGGCUGGCGGUGGACUGGGUGGCCGGCAACCUGUACUGGGUGGAGAGCAGCCUGCACCAGAUCGAGGUGGCGCGGCUGGACGGGCGCUACCGGCGCACGCUGCUGGCGGGCGACAUGGACAGCCCGCGCGCCGUGGCGGCCGACCCGCGCCUGGGCUACCUGUUCUGGAGCGACUGGGAGCAGGCGGCGCCGCGCAUCGAGCGCGCGUCGCUGGCGGGGCGGGCGCGGCGCGUGCUGCUGCGCGUGGACGCGCUGGCGGGCGGCGCCUGGCCCAACGGGCUGGCGCUGGACUACCGCGCGCGGCGGCUCUACUGGGUGGACGCGCGCUCCGACUCCAUCCACACCAGCACGUACGACGGCGCCGACGCGCGGCAGGUGCUGCGCGGCCACGCGGCGCUGUCGCACCCCUUCGCCAUCACGGUGUUCGAGGCGCACGUGUACUGGACGGACUGGCGCUCCAACAGCGUGGUGCGCGCCUCCAAGUGGGACGGCAGCGACGUCACCGUGGUGCAGCGCACGCUCACGCAGCCCUUCGACCUCAAGGUGCUGCACCCCAGCCGCCAGCCGCCCGCGGCCCGCAACCCCUGCGCCGGCGGCGGCGGCUGCUCGCACCUGUGCCUCAUCCACUCGCCCGCCGAGCGCGACUGCGCCUGCCCGCACCUCAUGCGCCUGGCCGCCGACAACGUCACCUGCGAGCCGCACGAGAAGGUGCUGCUGAUCGCGCGCGCCGGCGAGAUCCGCGGCGUGGACCUGGAGGCGCCGCAGGUGCACAUGAUCCCCACGGUGUCGGGCCCGCACGUGACGCAGCCCGCCGGCCUGCAGUUCGCGGCGGCGGCGCGCGAGCUGUACUGGGCCGACACGGAGAGCAGCGAGCUGCGCGCGGCGCCGCUGGCGGGCGGGCCGGCGCGCGUGCUGGCCGACAGCGGCGUGGAGCAGCCGCGCGGCUUCGCGCUGGACUGGGCGGCCGGCGUGCUGUACUACACGUCGCGCGGCGCGCUGCUGGCGGCGCGGCUGGCGGGCACGCACACGGCGCAGCUGCGGCGCCUGCACAACGCGUCGGCGCUGGCCGUGGACCCGCGCCGCGGCCGCCUGUACUGGGCGGCGCGCGAGCCCGACGCCGAGCGCCUCACGGCCGCCACGGGCGCCGCCACGCAGCCCCGCGCGCUGCUGGACUCGCGCGCCGACCCGCGCCUGGCCGGCGUCACCAGCCUGUGCGUGGACGUGGACGCCGACCGGCUGUACUGGGUCAACAGCGGCUCCUCCACCAUACAGUACAUCGACGUCGCUACCGGUAAAGUCACCACGCUGGAGCUGGGGCGCGGCGCGCGGCCCACGGCGCUGGAGGUGUACGGCGCGACGCUGCUGUGGGCCGACGCGGCGGACGCGGCGCUGCGCGCGUGCGACAAGCGCGCGUGUGCCGCCGCGUCCGCGCGCGUGCUGCGCAGCAACACGGAGGGCGUGGUGGCGCUGCGCGUGUACGACGCGGCGCUGCAGCGCGGCGCGCCCGGGGCCUGCGCGCGCCGGGCCCGGCCCUGCGCGCACCUGUGCCUGCCCGUCGGCGAGCUCGCCAGCGAGUGCCGCUGCGCCGCCGGCUACGACGCGCGCGACACGGCCUGCAUCGCCGUGGACGAGGUGCUGGUGUACUCGCUGAGCUGGGAGCUGCGCGGCGCGGCGCUGCAGGAGCCGGAGCCGGAGCCGCGCGCGCUGCUGCCGCCCGUGCCGCAGCUGUCCGUGGCCUCCGCCAUCGACUACGACGCGGCGGGCGAGUGGCUGUUCUGGGUGGACUCGGAGGCGGGCGCGGUGUGGCGCGUGCGGCGCGACGGCUCGGCGCGCGCGCGGCUGGCGGCGGGCGGCGCGGGCGACGCGGCCGACUGGCCGGCGGCGCUGGCGGCCGACUGGCGCGCGCGCAACCUGUACUGGUCGGACCCGCGGCGCCGCCUGCUGCUGGUGGCGCGCUACGACGGCGCGCACCGCUACGUGCUGCUGGACACCGAGCCGCUGGCCGUCACCGCGCUGGCGCUGGACCCGCGCGCGGGCUGGCUGUUCCUGGGCGGCGCGGGCGGCGUGCAGCGCGCGCGGCCCGACGGC